AUGGCCGCCCGCCAACAGAUGGCUCCGGUGCUGAGGAGGUUGAGAUUGCCGAAUGCCCCAACAAAUCUCGGCAGGCAAGCCUCCCUGCAGCAGUCACUCUCACGCUCCGUUCGCUGCUUCAGUAACUCUUCACCCCAGCGGUUCCAGAGGACGGCCCCUGCAGCUGCUGUUCAGAGCAAGUUCACCAGCGAGUCAUACCCGGACAUCAAGCGGGACAACCGCUUUGCCCAGCUCACCGAGGAGCAUGUGACCUACUUCCGAGAGCUACUCGGCAGUGAGUCGGCUGUCAUUGAUGGCGUGACAAGCUCCGACGCCGCCGACGACAUCGAGCCCUUCAACAGUGACUGGAUGCGCAAGUACCGUGGUCACUGCAAGCUGGUGCUCAAGCCCGCCUCGACCGAGGAAGUCAGCAAGAUUCUCAAGUACUGCAACGACAAGAUGUUGGCUGUCGUUCCACAGGGCGGAAACACGGGCUUAGUCGGCGGUUCGGUGCCGGUGUUCGAUGAGAUCGUCAUCAACAUGAGCCGUAUGAGCCAGAUUCUUGAAUUUGACGACGUCAGCGGCACGCUGGUGGCCGAAGCUGGAUGUAUCCUCGAGGUCGCCGACCAGUUCUUGGCCGAAAAGGGGUAUAUCUUUCCCCUAGAUCUUGGCGCGAAAGGUUCCUGCCAGAUUGGAGGCAAUGUCUCAACCAAUGCUGGCGGUCUGCGGCUACUCCGGUAUGGGAGCCUCCACGGCACAGUCCUAGGGAUAGAGGCUGUGCUCGCUGAUGGCACUGUUGUCGAUGAUCUGUGCAAGCUCCGCAAGAACAACACGGGCUACGAUCUGAAGCAGCUGUUCAUCGGUGCUGAAGGUACCAUUGGCAUCAUCACCAAGGUCUCCAUCCAGUGCCCACAGCGCUCCCCGGCACAAAACGUGGCUUUCUUUGGUCUGGAGUCUUUUGACCAGGUCCAACUGGCCUUCCGCGAGGCCAAGGGUCAGUUGUCCGAAAUCCUAUCAGCUUUCGAGCUUAUGGACGAGGGCAGCCAAGCGCUAGUCCGCCAGGUCACCAACAACAAGCGGCCGCUGGAAGACAAGUAUCCGUUCUACUGCCUGAUUGAGACGAGUGGCUCCAACGCCGACCAUGACAGCGAGAAGCUACAGGCUUUCCUCGAGGACGUCAUGGAGAAGGGGAUUGUUGUGGACGGAACCCUCGCGCAGGAUGAGACGCAAAUCAAGGCCCUGUGGGCUUGGCGCGAGGGCAUCACGGAAGCGCUGAGCCACCUUGGCGGCACGUACAAGUACGACGUCUCCAUCCCCCUGAAGGAGCUGUACCAGCUGGUCGAGGACACGCGCGCUCGGGUCGACGCCGCCGGCCUGCUCGGCGACACCGAGGAGUUCCCUGUCCGUGCCGUGGUUGGGUAUGGGCACAUGGGAGACGCGAACUUGCACCUCAACGUUUCAACCAGACGGUUUGACGAGAGGGUCGAGAAAGUACUCGAGCCCUUUGUCUAUGAGUGGAUUGCCGAGCGUCAGGGCAGCAUCAGCGCCGAGCAUGGUCUGGGUGUCAUGAAGAAGAAGUUCAUCGGAUACAGCCGUAACCCGACUAUGGUUGGAUUGAUGAGGAACAUCAAAACCACGCUUGAUCCGAACGGCAUUCUUAACCCCUACAAGUAUCUUUAA